AACGGUUAAACCUGCUUGCGCUUGUGUUUGUGCACGCCCACACUGCAGGCCGGGUGGAGCCGCCUUAUAAAUAACUAGAGUGAGGAAUGUGUAGACUUUUUUCCUGUUCCAGGCUAAAAUCUCUGCUUUAGAAAUUCAUCUCUGUCCCUGAAAAAAGUGAGUCACCAUGCCGUCUGAUCUGGAGAGAGCUAUGGAAACGCUGAUCACUGUGUUCCACCGUUAUGCGGGUAAAGAUGGCAAUACAGUCACACUGAGCCGCCGAGAGCUCAGGCAGCUCAUGGAAUCGGAGCUCAGCAGCUUCCUUAAGUCUCAGAAAGACCCUGCUGCUGUUGACAAGAUUAUGAAAGAUCUGGACACCAAUGGCGAUGGAGAGGUGAACUUUGAAGAGUUUGUGGCCCUUGUGGUCGGUCUGUCCAUUGCCUGUGAACAGUGUUACCAGAUGCACCUUAAUAAAACAAAAAAGUAAAGGCAGGGGACCAAGAGUGCAAAUAUAUGUUUUUGUUUUGGUAUUUUCUUUUUUUUUACUGAAUAGUAUUGUAAAAAUGAGUUAAUAAAUGCAACUGAGACCCACGAA